AACACCCUGACGACGACCGGGACGCAAAACUUUCAAACCUAAAUGUGGGCCACAAAACCUGAUCGACGAGCCCAGCCCCCGCCUUUUUACUCCUCCUACAUUUUCUAUCCAUUGUGUCAAGUUUCACGUCUCAACAUUUUAGUGUCGUUGUUGUUGUGCAACUUCGCCCUUCAUCAGACCACAAAUGGGAAUCCUGGACCUCUCUCUUCAGUCCGGCGGCGUCUUGGCAACUCUGCUGGCGGCGGCCGGCGUCCUGCUACUGGUCUAUGCGCUCUCUUCCGCGUGGAUCCCGCAGGAAAACUCCAAUGAGCCUCCGGGCCCGAGACCGCUGCCUCUGCUCGGGAAUCUCUUGCAGCUGGACCUCAAGAGACCCUACAACACCCUCGUGGAGAUGUCCAAGAAGUACGGGCCGGUGUUCAGGGUCUACCUGGGCUCCAAGAAGGUUGUGGUCCUGGCCGGCCACAAGGUAGUGAAAGAAGCUCUGGUCAACUACGCGGAGGAGUUUGGGGACAGAGAUAUCUUACGCAUCGUGAGCCAGUACAACAACGGACACGGUGUCAUAUGGAGCAACGGAGACUCGUGGAAGGAGAUGCGACGCUUUGCUUUGACCAACCUGAAAGACUUUGGGAUGGGAAAGAAGGCGUGCGAAGACAAGAUCAUCGAGGAGUGUCAGUACCUCUUGGAGGUCGUCAGGAACUUCAAAGGCAAUGCCUUCGACACCACGCAACCAAUCAACUACGCGGUCUCCAACAUCAUCACCUCCAUUGUCUACGGGGACAGGUUCAACUACGAUGAUCCCGAGUUCAACGCCAUGGUGGACGGAAUGAAUCGGAGAAUCCAGCUGGCAGGCUCACCUUCUGCCCAGGUGUUCAACUUGUCCCCGUGGCUUGGCAAGUGGCUGCCACAGAACAAGGAAUUCUUCCGAUUGACGUCUGACUACACAAAGACAACUCUGGAAAUGUUCAGCCAACUCAGGGAAAGCCUCAAUCCGCUUUUGCCCAGAAGCCUGGUGGAUGCCUUCUUCAUCCGCAAGCAAGAGCUGGAGGUCUCCAGCUACGUGCUCGCUUCCGCGCUGGCGCUGCUCGUCGGCUACAUGGCCUGGUCGUCGGCCUCCAGGUCGACGGAGUCCGGGGGACAGGAGCCCCCAGGUCCCAGGCCGCUGCCGCUGCUCGGGAACCUGCUCCAGCUCAACCUGAACGGACCGCACCAGACCCUCCUGCAGAUGUCCAAGAAGUACGGUCCGGUGUUCACCUUCUACAUGGGCCCCAAUAAAGUGGUGGUUCUGGCCGGAUAUAAGACAGUGAAAGAGGCCCUGAUCCAGCACGCUGAAGAAUUCGGAGAACGAGAACCUCUGAAUACCGCCAAGGAGGUCAAGCUCGAGCACGGUGUCCUGUGGAACAACGGAGAGUCGUGGAAGGAGAUGCGACGCUUCACUUUGACCAACCUGAGAGACUUUGGGAUGGGAAAGAAGGCGUGCGAGGACAAGAUCAUCGAGGAGUGUCAGCACCUCUUGGAAGUCUUCAAGAAUUUCAGAGGGGAAGCGUUCGACACGCAGCAGCCGGUCAACUACGCCGUAUCCAAUAUCAUCUGCUCGCUGGUGUUUGGCAGCAGGUUCCGGUACGACGACCCCGCCUUCACCGCCAUGGUGCAGCGCACCAGCAGAAGCAUUCAAAUCGUGGGCGGACCAUCUUUGCUGUUGUACAAUAUGUUCCCGUGGCUCGGCAAGUUGUUCUCCUCGGCCAGGGAGGAGCUCCACAAUCUAGGAAAGGCCAACCGAAAGCAGGCCACGGAACUGAUACAGGCUCUGAAGGAGACUUUCAACCCGCAGAGCAGCCGAGGCUUGGUGGACGCUUUCCUCCUCCGACAGAAGCAGCAGGAGGACACCGGGGAUGUGGGUCACUUCCACAAUGCGAACCUUCUCAUGACCGUCUCCAACUUGUUUGCUGCCGGCACAGAAACCACCUCCACUACGCUGAGAUGGGCGUUCCUCCUCAUGGCCAAGUAUCCCCACAUACAAGAGAAGGUCCGAGAGGAGCUGAACCAAGUGAUCGGAGAUCGUCAGGUCCAGGUGGAAGACCGCAAGAACUUGCCCUACACCGACGCCGUCAUCCAUGAGACGCAGAGGCUGGCCAACAUCAUUCCCAUGGCGCUCCCUCACCGGACCAGCCGGGACGUGACCUUCCACGGCUACUUCAUCAAGAAGGGCACGACAGUGUACCCCCUCUUGACGUCCGUCCUGCACGACGACAGCGUGUGGGAGAAGCCUCACUCCUUCCAUCCCCAACAUUUUCUGGACAAGGACGGAAAGUUCAUUAAGCACGACGCCUUCAUGCCCUUCUCGGCAGGUCGCAGGGUUUGCCUGGGAGAGAGCCUGGCCCGCAUGGAGCUCUUUGUCUUCUUCGUCACUCUGCUGCAGCACUUCCGCUUCCGGCCUCCCCCAGGUGUCUCAGAGGACCAGCUGGACUUGACCCCGAUGGUGGGUGGCACGCUGAGCCCCGCGCCACACAAGCUUCGCGCCGUCUCCCUUGCCGGCUAGCCAGCUAGCAAGCUAACGUCACGGCGGCUUUUUUUUUUUUUUUUUGCAAUCAUCUCCCAGCAGUUAAUUUUUUUUAAAUCACACAACUAAUAACCGCAUACAUUGUUAUUUGUGACUCUGUAAUCUUUGCACAAAUGUUUAUGUCCAGUAGAUGCUAAUAGCGUGUAAUGUCCCACAUGCGUUUAAAUUGUGUUUGACACCUUUGGUGAAUAAAGUUGAUUAAAUGCAUUUGUCAAGUGUCCUCACUGUGGAAACAUUCAGAGUGUUUACUCUUUUACACCAUAAUGUUAAAUUGUUGAGCAUUUCAAAUAAUUUUUUUCGGGAUUGUGUUUAUUUUGAGAAAAAAGUACAUUUAUUUUCCGCAAAAAGAACGCAUUUUUUUCACAGCUAUCAAGAAAAAAAUAUAUACAUACAAUGGCUUUGGAAAGGUUACACACGACUGUUCAAAUGUAAAAAAAAAAAACAAA